AUGGCGUCCGCAUUGAAAUUUCCCGACCCGUUCAAUUUUACGGCAUCGAACUUGUCGCUGGAGUGGUCACAGUGGAGGCGACAGUUCGAGUGGUUUAUCAUGGCCACGCGCAAAACCGAGAAAGACGAAGAAGUUAUUGUGGGUGUGUUGUUGUCGCUACUCGGUCGGGAAGGAUUGAAAAUAUACGAAACUUUUACGUUCACGGAUCCUCUGGACGCCAAGAAGAUUGCUGAGGUACUAGACACGUUCACUGAUUAUUUCGAGCCUCUGAAGAGUGAAGUGUUCGACCGUUUCUGCUUCCACAAGCGCGUACAAAAACCAGGCGAAUCGUUUGACGCAUGGCUCGUGGAUUUGCGGAGUAUGGUAAAAACGUGCAACUAUGGAACUGAGGCUGUUGUAAAAUCGGUGAUACGUGAUCAAAUUGUGUUGGGAGUCGCGAACGAUAAUGUUCGUGAAAAGCUGCUGUUCGAGAGUAGUCUAUCGUUAGAAAGUGCGUGUGCUAUAGUUCGGGCAUGUGAAGCGUCGUCCAUGCAACUCGGACAAAUCUCGACACGUACUGAGGCCCAGGUUCAUGGUCUGAGGGACAAAGCUGCAAAGGAACACGUGCCGACACAGUCAAGCAAAUCACGAGGUGAGGACGUGAACAAUUGCGUCAAUUGUGGCAGACGACACAGAAGAAAUCAAUGCCCCGCAGCCGGUGUAACGUGUUUUGCAUGCGGAAAGCCGGGUCAUUACUCCAGGCGGUGCCCAGCGUCCAACGGACAACAACGACGAGGUUGGGCAAACGACCGUCAGAUGGCGCCACCAACAGGACAACAGCCGACACAGUCACAGCACCGACCAGCACAGCGCGGCACGUUUAUGCAACAUCAGCUACACUCCCUUGAGGGCGCAGGGGCGGUCGGCCAAGAGGAACCGCGAUUCAUGGACGAAGAAUAUGUUCUGCAUGAGCUCAAGUGCUCCAGCGGUGGAGAAGAGUGGCACGAGGAGUUAUCGGUAGAUGGCAGCGUUCCCAUUCGCUUUAAGUUGGACUCCGGUGCCACCUGCAACGUCCUCCCAUUGGAAUCAUACAAGCGCAUCCACAAGUCUAAUACAGUGCUGACCCCUGGACCACGUAUACGUAAUUAUGGCGCGAGAGGAGGUUAUCUUAACGUUCUCGGUGUGCUGACGAGUGCAGUCGUCCGUCGUGGAGUGGCGUACACCGUAAACUUCGUGGUCGUCGAUGAGCCCGGCCAACCGCCGAUCUUGGGUCUACCGACGUGCCAGCGCAUGCAGCUCAUCCAGAGAGUUCACUCCAUAACGCAAGACCCACUCAAAGACGUCCCGCCGAUUGUGUCAGAGUUCAGAGACAUCUUCACUGGGAUCGGCAAACUCCCCGUGGAACACGACAUUCGCUUGGCGACUGGUGCGAAUUACGUCGACCCGGUAGUAUGUGCCGCCAGUCGAUUGCCAUUCCGGUUGGAGGAGAAAGUGUUUAAAAAACUAGAUCAAAUGGUGAAAGACGAAAUAAUCGUUCCGGUAGUAGAGCCAACGGAGUGGGUGAGCAGGAUGCUGGUAGUUGGCAAGCCGGAUGGAGACGUUAGAAUCUGCCUAGAUCCGUCGGAGCUCAACAAAGCAAUUCUACGUCAACAUUUCGCCGUCCCGACAAUCGAACAGCUGUUCGGAAAAAUCGGGAAGGCAAAAUACUUUUGCAGCCUGGAUGCCGCCUCUGGUUUUUAUCAGAUCCCGCUCUCCGAUCGUGCGUCGUAUUUGUGCACCAUGGCCACUCCCAGAGGGCGCUACAGAUAUCUUCGUCUACCCUUUGGCAUUAAGUCCGCCCCGGAAGUAUACCUACAAGUGAUGUCCGACCUGUUUGGCGACCUUGCGGGAGUGAUCGUGUAUUUCGACGACUUCCUGGUGACUGGAGAGACGAUUGAAGAGUUGGAGGCCAACUUACGGCAGUUGCCGUGGUUGGGACACAUAAUCGGACAAGGCACUCUCAGCCCGGACCCGGAAAAAGUGGAGGCUAUUGUCAAUAUGCCCGAUCCUACCGACAAGACUGGUCUAACUCGCCUAUUGGGAAUGAAGGAUGUGGCCUGGUUCUGGGACAGUCAACAACGGAAAGCCCUGUCGGAGCUCAAAAACGCUAUGUCGUCCCUGCCGAUUCUCCGCCUGUUCGACGUCAACCGCCCCGUCGUUGUCUCCGUCGACGCUUCGCCAAUCGGGAUAGGUGCAGUGUUAAUGCAAGAAGGACAGCCGGUGGCGUUUUCAUCCACGACGCUCACGGCCACCCAAAAGAGAUAUUGCCAAAUCGAAAAGGAAUUGUUGGCCGUCCAGUUCGGCCUCACCCGUUUUCGACAGUACGUGUACGGUCAGCGCGUGACUGUAGAGUCCGAUCACAAGCCACUAGUCGGCUUGUUAGACAAGCCCAUAGCGUCGUGUUCUCCCAGAAUUCAACGAAUGAGGUUGCAGCUGCAACGAUUCGAUUUUCAGUUGGUGUACAAGCCGGGCAAAGAACUUUUUAUUGCCGACACCCUCAGUCGAGCGCCAUCCCCCCGCGUGUAUAGUGACGACGUCACCACCGAGUGCGAGGAACAAGUACACCAUGUCAUCAACAGUGUGGCACCAAUGGAAUCGACCCGUCAGCGGUACGCGAGAGCUACUGCCGAAGACCCUACGCUCCAACUAUUGCAGUCAGUCAUGCUGGCGGGUUGGCCGGAACAUAGAAGCCAGUGUCCUGCAGCAAUCAAACCAUUUUGGCCAGUUCGACACGACUUGGCAGUAGUCGGCGGCGUGGUUCUGUUAGGAUCCCGGCUAGUGGUACCAGUGGCGCUGCGCCGUGAAGCGAUGGAUGGCGUCCAUGAUGGCCACUUCGGAGAGACCAAAAGUGUACUGCGGGCCAAGUCUUCGGUCUAUUGGCCGGGUUGGGAGGACCACGUCAGAAAUGUGGUAGCCAGUUGUCCCGUGUGCCAAGAAAACAGACCGAAAAAUCCCAAGCUGCCCCUGUUUCCGGUCCGGAUUCCGGAAUACGCGUUUCAGUUGGUUUCGGCGGACCUCUUUGAGUUCAAUAACGUGAACUACAUCUUAGUCGUCGAUUCCUACAGUAAGUGGCCGUGUGUGGUGCCGUUGCGGUCCGUUACGUCGUCAGCCGUCAUCAACGAAAUGACACGUUUCUUCUGUGAUUUCGGCCGUCCAGAAACACUCGAGUCCGACAACGGAACACAGUUUGCAUCCGCCGAGUUUCGUGAGUUCUGUCGCACUUUGGGCAUCGCGCAAGUAACGUCGAGUCCUGAGUUUGCUCAAUCGAACGGGCUGGUGGAACGGCACAUCUAGACCGUGAAGAAAACAAUCUUGAAGAUGUUCGCGGAUGGCAAAUCUUUGUGGGAAGCGCUGUCGGCAAUCCGCUCGACACCAAUCUCUAGUGUUCUUCCAUCACCGUCGGUGCUUCUACAAGGACGGAAUUUUCGAGGAAAUCUCCCUUUUCUGCCGUCUGAGUUGACACCCCGGCUCGUGCCUGCAUCGGCAGUGGCGUCAGAACUAUGUCGCAGGCAAGCUAAAGCUGUAUUUGACACGCCCCGGCGGACAGACGCGCGGUCGUCCGUCCUUCAUGUGGGACAGCGAGUGAGAACCCUGGUCGGCAAGAAGUGGCGUCCCGGUGCGGUCCAAUCCGUCUGCAAGGAGCCUCAUUCGUAUUUCAUCCGUCUGUCAGACGGCCGCUUAUUUCGUCGGACUAGAUGGGCCGUCAACGUCGACAAAGGUGUCGCAAACGCCGUGGAUACGGGCCUUUGGGCUUCGGUUGGAACAAACGACACUACCCCGGUUCCAUCGUCAGGCCAGCAGCCAAUAGCCCCCUCGUCGGUCACUAUGCGUCGCCCGUUUCAGCAACGACAUUCGAGAGCGGCGGAGAUACCACCCGCCUGUCCGUCUCCAGCCCGCGCGGCCGUCCCGAGAGUCGAUACCCCGGCUCCGCCAACGCCGGUCUCGAGCCACGUCAGCCAACAGGGGGCGCAACAGUACAGUGGCGGUCGUCGAAGUUCGAGUUGGCAGGACGAAGGCCCUUCGCGAGCAGUCCCGGUCCGCCUCUUUCCGUCCGGGCGGCCGGCCACAACAGAGGAGCAGCCCGGCAGUUCGGAUCCCGUCCCAACGUCGUCGAGUUCGUCCGAACCGUUUGGCACAACAAGAUCGGGUGUUAAAUUUGGUAUUGGUCACGCUUAGUUCAUCCCAGAGCGUCAGUGGGACUGAUCGCGUCGACAGCGGUUGUUUAUCCCGAUUGUCUGUUUGUCUGUCUUUUUCCCCCCUUGUGCCCGUUAUUCGUGUCUCAAUAUUGUCCUCGUCUGUACCGUUUGUUGAUGUGGGUUGGUUAAUGGGGCAUUUUUGGAGGAGGGGGGCAAAAGUGUUAAUUCAGAAGUGUGUUGUUCUUCAGUUGGUAUAAACGUAAUCAUCAUCUUGUGUUUGUUAUGUUGUGUAUGGAGAGGGGAAGAUGUUGUAUGUACUUGUAUGUCGACCGCUAGAGGGACACCUCCGGUGGUGAGACAUACGAACACGCAGACAAUACAAGUUCAGUUCAGAUCUCACA